AUGGCCCAACUCACAGAGACACUUGACCAUUCAGCAACGUCUGCUGCCAUCUCGAUACCCGAAGUCGGAAGCUUGUCCCUGGAGGACUCGAAGACAAGCAAUCGAGACACACCACCACCUGCGGCUCCCGCCGGCGAUGUGUUUCUAAAACCAUAUUAUCUGGAGAAUGGCUUGCGACGCGUUGCUCCCUACCACUACACAUACAAUACCUGGUGCAAAGAACGUUGGCGAGGAAGGGAGCUCCUGGACGUCUUCGAGAGCGAGUUUAGGGACCGCCCAGUAGCAUACUACAAGAAUGCCAUGGAGACUGGAAAGAUAUGUAUCAACGGGAAACCUGCGCUUCCAAACCACGUCCUCAAGAAUGGGCAGUUGGUAUCGCACAAAAUACAUCGACAUGAGCCGCCUGUCUCCGCGACGCCCAUAGGAAUUAUCUAUGAAGAUCAGGACAUGAUCGUGAUCAACAAGCCGUCCGGGAUACCUGUUCAUCCUGCGGGGCGAUACAACUUCAACUCCGUCGUGGAGAUUAUGAAAGCCGAGAGGCAUUCUGAAUGGAUCGCCUACCCCUGCAACAGGCUGGACAGGUUGACCAGCGGUAUCAUGUUUGUUGCCAAGCAUCCCAAAGCAGCAGAAAAACUUAGUGUUCAGAUCGCACAGCGAACCGUUCGGAAGGAGUAUCUAGCCAGAGUCAUCGGUGAGUUUCCUGAAGGCGAGGUCGUCUGCAACGACCCUGUCCUCCAGAUAUCACCGAAACUUGGAUUGAACCGAAUACGAGCGAAUGGCAAAACUGCGAGAACGGUAUUCAAGAGGCUUGCCUAUUAUCCUCCGCGUGAAGCGCGGCAGCACACGUCUGAAGAGUCCGAUGGCUGCCUCGAGGCACCGAGUCAGAGUUCUGAGGGGAGCGCACGGCCCUGGAUGCGCAAGGAAGGAUACUCAAUUGUCCGAUGUUUGCCAGUGACUGGGAGGACCCAUCAGAUCAGGGUUCAUCUCCAGCACUUAGGUCACCCCAUCCAGAAUGAUCCCAUAUAUGCCAACCAAAGAGUCUGGGGAAUACAACUCGGUUAUAAUGACCCCGAUGCCCUCGAGAAUACUGACGAGGACAUCAUUUCACGGCUAAACCGAAUGGGAAAAGAAGAAGUAGCCGAUGCAGUGGCCUAUCAAGACGAGAUGGUUGACGAGUAUAACAAGAAAAAGGCGGAAAAGAUGUCGGGCGAGCUCUGUGAAGUGUGCGAUACGCCACUCUACACAGACCCCGGAGAGCAAGAGCUAUCCCUAUGGCUACAUAGCCUACGUUACGAAGAUGCUGGAGGCAGUUGGUGCUAUGUGAGCCCUCUCCCUGACUGGGCCCUGCCACCCACCGGUAUGAGUGGGCCUACCGAAGUUGGCGGGAUGGGAGAGCUGGUCGACGCAGUUCGGGACCUGAAUCCUGAAAUUUCAUGA